AUAUGGCACGGGCUUGGUUAGAAAGUCCCAGAUGGGCCAAGGAGAGGUUUCCAGGCCCCUGGCCCUCGACCCAUUAUGCUAGUUGCUUUCAAUCCAAGUAUCUAAGUAUUUAAAAUUGGCUUUAAGGUUCUGCCAUACCUGCACUUCUCGAUGGAGAUGGAGCAGUCGGAGAGGGAGGCAAUCAGAGACGCUUCUGAAGAGGUUUCUCGGCAGUUCAAGUCACUAGUUAACGCUAAUGAUAUCGACACGCUCAAGCAAUUACAGAACCUAAUAUUGGGAAGGUUACAGGAUAGCAAUGCUGUCCUAUCACAUUUUAAUGAUUUUUCGGAGCAGUGCUUUGCAGAGAUUUCUAGUGAUCUAUCAAAGAAUACACUUCUUUUAAGGUCCAUGAAGAUGGACCUUGAUUACAUAUUUCAGAAGCUGAGGCCAUGGUGGAAUGGAAGCAACGUCAUGUUGUAGAAAUUGGACUGUUUCUCAUGAUCAUGUCCAUAUGCCUAAGAAAUUAAGUGUUUGGAUCUUUCUACAGCCUGUGUUUAUGUAUCUUGGCAUGUCAGUUUCUAUGAGACACUAAGUUGUUCCCCUGGGCAUUCAUUUACUGAUUCUUAUUUGCUUUUUGAUUGCUUACAUUGGAACAUUGACCCCACCACCCCACUCAGUCCAAUACCAAUCCCACCUGCUCCACCUGCGAUGCCUUCCCUUCUCGCUUUGCACACAGCCUCUCCACCACACCAUUACCACAUGCCCUUCCCUAUCAUCAGCUCCUCCUCCUUUACCUCUUCCACCUACUACUUCGUCCUCAGCUUCUUCCCCUCUCCCCCUCCACCUUCCAUAUACUUGUUUGCUUAACUGGGAAAACCAAGCAUAAAAUGAUUUUGAAUUUAGGCACUACCAAAUGACCUAUGCUAAAACAAGAGAAGCCCACGGAGCGGUAGGAGUACGUCGCUUCUUUCUUUUUCAUAUCUGCUGUCCCAGCUGAGUUCCGCUAUUAACUGAUUACAGCAUUUCUGCACUUCACUGACCUUCUCCAGCAAGCGUGUAAAAAAGCAACGAAGGAGAGUGUCACAUGCCAACGUUAGACUUGAAAAAGUACGCCACAGCGGAUCUUUAAGUGACUAAUUGGCUCAGCUCAAUAAAGCCUUGUAUAUGUGUAAGGCUGGCUCUCCCUCUUUCUGUUCUUUCUCAUCUUGAGCCUAGUGAACCUACAUCUUUUAAAGAAGCUAGUCUUGAUCCUUGGUGGUGAGGUGAUGCAAACAGAAUUAUCUGCUCAUAUUAUAAAUAAUAUUACAAUAGGGGUCUAUUAGUUCAAUAAAUCUACCCCCCCCCCCUUUUCUUUUCUGGAGUUCCGCUGCCCAAUAGGCGUUACGGCCAUGCACCUCGAGAUCUCGGAGAAUCUCUUGGAGCUUUUCAAGAGGUGUGUUGUUCCCUCCUACAACUAAAAUGCACAUUAUUGGGUGUAAGUGGAUCUACAAGAUAAUAGGAAAGCUGAUUGUUCUAUCAAGUGCUAUAAGGCUUAAGUAAUUGCUAAAGGGUGCUCACAAGAGUAUGGUCUUGAUUGUGAUUAAACAUUUACUCCUGUUGUCAAGCCGGUGGCCAUUCGGGUUUCCUUUGCUCUUGCCUUGUCUCAAAAUUUUCUAGUUCACCAACUUGAUGCGAAGAAUGCCUGUCUUCACAAUUAUUUGUCCGAAGAUGUCUAUAUGUGACUGCUGCCUGGAUUUCAUGAUUUUGACAUCCUAGAGAUGUUUGCAAGUUGAAGACCAUUUACAGUGGCAGCAAGUGAGUCGUGCUUGGUUUUAUAGAUUUAGUUCUUAUCUUCUUGAUUUGGGAUUUUAAAUUCUCUCUGAUACAAUGCCAAGGAUAAAAUCGUUUUUUAUCAGAGAAGUUCACUAUUGAUCUUAUUUAUGAGAUUCAAUGGCACAGUAUUUACAUGAGUUUAAGCUAUACAUGGACACAGUAUUUGCAACAAAAAAUAUAAAAGGGCAGAAGGUAAGCCGGCCAUGCUAACAAUGGAAAGAUUAUAAAACCCCUUUGGAUUGUGCUACUGUGAGGUGAAAUCUACACACCAGUUGACAUGUCACUAUUAAUGGUGUUCCUCAGGGACAUUGAUACCUACUUUGGCAUUUAAUUGUACUUGAUCCAGGAACCAUUCUUCUGCUGGGGACUGUGGACCCAUAUUUUUAUUGUAUCAUGAUAUCCGCGUGCAAACAAAAAAGACUUUCAUCAUUAAAUCUUCAUAGAGCACAGUAUAAUGUGUUGAUUGUUCUAGCUUGUCAAUCGUAUUUGGUCUUAGUUUUGAGGUCUUCCACAGAGGGGAGAGGGGAAGAAGUGAUUUGUAUCCCAACCAAUUGUACUCAUUCCUGUAACUAUUCAAAAAGAAACUGAGGAAUGAUCUGUAGAAUAUAAAAGUUAAAAGGUCAUUCUUCAUAUGAUUACCCAUUUGAUU